GAACUGAAAUCAAUACUAAUCCUCCAUUAACGCAUAGUUUAAUCCCGUCAACACAACACUCUACAUUCUGGAUAACAUCUCUUCUUCCAACAAUAUGGCCUGAGCUCAACAAGCUCGAUCCACAAACUCAACAACAAUGGCCACCUCUCUCAGAACUCGAAUCCACUUCUCAAUCUUCCCCACUUCAAGAAACCCACCAAUUUCUCCCCCUUUAAUUCCGAUCAACGUCCCGACCCCUCUUAGAAGCCCUUUCCGGCCACUUGCAUCCUCUUCGCCGCCGAAAUCUCCGGCCAAAUCCCCGACGAAUACUUGGCCAUCGGAUCUCAAGGCAAUCGAAGCACACCCAAUGGAGAGCUCGAGGUUUCUGAUCAUCGGAGCCGUUUCAGUGGGCGUUGCCCUGUUUCUGAUGGGUUCCGACGGGGAAAGGGCUUUGGCUUUGGGGCCUGAAGGGCCUUUGGUGGAGGAAUUUUGGGACAAUGUUAGAAGAUAUGCGAUUUACGCGGUUACUGUGAGUAGUGGUGCUCUUUACACUAUCCUUCUCCCCAUUUUUGAGCUGCUGAAGAACCCCAUUACUGCUGUUCUUGUUUUAGCUAUUUUUGGGGGUACCAUUUUCAUUAUCUCUCAAGUGCUUUCUGCUAUGGUUGGUGUCAAUGAGUUUUCUUAUGAAUAUGCCUAUUGACCAAUGAAAUGAAGUUUCAAUCUUAUCUUC